AUGCUGUUGCCUCCGCUUCUUCGUCUGGCACCCGCAUUCCUCCACCUAACCCUGGCCACGGCAUCGAAUUCAACCUCACUGUUGGGAACACGCCCUUGCGAUGCCCUCGCCGCAGCCGGGCUGGGCGACAUUCUGCUCUCGCCCACCGACAGCGGCUACGAACCGCAGGUAGCGACGUGGUGGUCGCUCAACGCCCAACUACGACCAUGGUGCCUGGUCCUGCCGCGGAGCACGGCCGAGGUAUCACGGGCUCUCGCCACGCUUGUAGCAGCAGGCCACGGCGCGGGCUCGUGGCACAUCGCCGUGCGCAGCGGCGGGCACGGCUGGCCCGGCAGCAACAGCGUGGCCAACGGCGUGACCAUCGACCUCAGCCACCUCAACGCGACGCACUACGACGGCGCAACUAAUACGGCGCGCCUGCAGCCCGGCGCACGCUGGGAGCACGCGUACGCGGCCCUCCAGGCGCAGGGUCUUGAAGGAUCGAUACGUGGCGAGGAAGCGCUGAGUGGAUGA